AUGAGCGAUAUUUCUCCCGUGAACGAUAAAGGUCUGUCGGACGAGCAAGUAGCAGAGGCAUGUAAAGAUGGAGACCCAAUUACUAAGGACUUCAUGAUGCAGCAGACAAUGCUACGGGUGAAAGAUCCCGUGAAAUCCUUAGAUUUCUAUACCAGGAUUCUCGGCAUGACUCUGCUGCAGAGGUUCGACUUCCCUUCCAUGCGUUUCUCCCUCUUCUUCCUUGGAUACGAGGACAAGAACGAGAUCCCCACCGACUUGAGGGAGAGGACGUGCUGGACUUUCUCCCGGAGGGCCACCAUCGAGUUAACUCAUAACUGGGGUUCGGAGUCUGAUGACAGCCCGCCGUAUCAUAACGGAAAUUCCGAUCCACGUGGCUUUGGCCACAUUGGAAUCUCAGUGCCAGAUGUUAACAAGGCUUGCAAGCUGUUCGAAGACGAAAACGUCACUUUUGUGAAGAAGGCUGACGACGGUAAAAUGAAAGGACUGGCCUUUAUCCAGGAUCCUGACGGCUACUGGAUUGAGAUCUUGAGUCCCAACAAUAUGAUUUCCAUCACAUCUUAA